GGUUUGGGUUGAGCAAAGCUCAGCGCUGAGGCAACAGGAAAUAAAAACAGGGAAGCUACUCCAACAUUUCAGAAAUCCGAUCUGAGAAACAGAAUACAUAACUCAGGAGCAUGAGUUGAUGUAUUAAAGUUGUCCUCCAUGUAUUCCUGGAAAACCUGGAAAAAAUGUUUUCCUUCAUUACUUCAUUUUUGCCAACUUCCUACCUCCUACCAGGUUGGCUGAUUCUGGACACAAACCCUCUGGUUGGUUUACUUCAAGGGCUGGUGGGGGCAUCUGGGAUCUCUGUGCUGUGCUCCCUGUUGAGAGUGCAUCUAUUGUUAGAGGACAGCUGGCAUGACAAAAAUAAUGACGGCACAUCAAGCGUGAGGUCAAGCAGCAACCCAAUAAGGGCUAAACAUGGACUUUUAGGAAUGCUUCAAUUUUUCCUUGUGACUGGGAUACUGGCCAUAGUGGGGUCCCGUGUGGCGUCACUGGUGGUACUGGAAUUUUGCCUGCGAGCCGUCUCUGGACUGCUUACAGCUGGACCGGAAACCAGAAGGUUUCUGCUGCAGCUGUUAGUGCAAAGCCAGCUCUCCCUGGGCUGUGCCAUCAGCUGUAGUUUGCACUUUCUCCACGAGGGGGCAUCCCAGCGCUGGCUAAGCCUUCUCUUGGCAGCAGCUCUCAGCUGGUAUCUGGCAAAGAAGGCAGCAGCCCUUCUGCAUCAUGUCAUUGCUCUGUAUAAGCUCCACAGCUCCCAGCGCUACUGCGGGAUUUGCAUCAGCCUGCUCACAUCAGGCUGCUAUCUGCUUCCCAUGCUUUGCAGGACUAUGGUCAUUGCCUUCUUUGUGGCCGUGCUGGCAUCUGUAUCGAUCAUCAACCAGCAGUUUCUCUCUGCAACCGAGGCCUUGAGGUUCUGGACACCACUGACUAUCUGCUACACAUUGUUGGUGGUGUACAUGCAGGAAGAGCAGCAUCGUCUGCCGAGCAGCCAGGCUGUUCUCAAUGCCGUUGUCGUGCGUCUCGGAGGUUUGAUGGUCUUGAUGCUGACCGUGGGACGCUGGGCUGACGUGUUCCAUAUUCUAAUAUGUUUCCUCGGUGAGGCCAGCUGUCUCAUCCCAAACAUGGAUCUGCUGGAUGCAGCAUCCUCACAGGAUGAAGAAGAUUUUACUAUGUAUGCAAGGAGAGAUCGUCGACAAACACGACAAACACAGGAGAAGCAGCAUCAAAGAUAGCAUGAACUAUUAUAUGAAAGACAGUUUAAGUAAACAUCAGAUUAUUGGCCUGCUUUUUUAGACCUGUACUGAUGGAUAUUUUCAUAAAACAGUUCUCAUGUUAUUUGAUACAGUUUCUCUAUAACACUAGAUUACUGCACAAAACCUACUUUGCUUUAGUUUUUAUUAGUUGAACAUAGGAAUUCGAAACAGGAAUUUACUUGUGAGUAUAACUGUGUGCUUAAAUUUUUGGUUACUAACAACAAACCUCAGCUCUGGGAAUAUGGCUGAACUUGUAACUGAAAAGCCUUGCUUUGUCCCAUGUAGCAUAACUGAUGUUUUUCCGUUUCGUUUUUUGCUUCACAAUUAUUCUGAGUGGUAUUUUGGCUGAUGUAAAAAUAUAAAGCAGAUAUUUAUAUACA